AUGUUUAUUGUUCUUUUUUGGAGGUCGAAAUGGCGAAAAUUGAAUCAAGAUUCAGAGUUUGACGGCAUCGGAAGCCUUUCGAGGCAGAACAUCAGCCGUAAGACCCAAGUAAGUAUUGUAUUCAGAGCAGGGGAGGGCAGGAAGGGGGGGGGGGAGAUCCUCGUCUACAAUCUGAUACUUCACAAGAGCUGGUUUCAUGACGGCUCGAAACCAGCGUCUUGUAGAUCGGCGCCUCUCUACAUAUGUAUUCUUCUACCCUUGAUAUAUGUCUGUGCUCGUACUCGUGCUUGUACUCAUACACGUGCUCGUACACGUGCUCGUACUAGUACUCAUACACGUGCUCGUGCUCGUACUCGUGCUUGUACUCGUACUCAUGACAUCGCGAGUAGGAAAUCACUAAGUGCAAGACACACACACACACACACAAAACCUACGAACUCAACAAGAUUAAGCUCAAGAUCAGUGAGGACAACACCCAGAUCUACACCACCACCCCAGCACUGGCAUAGAGUUCCUACUUCAACCACCAAGACUCGUGUCCAUUGGCCGCCACCCGUCUCCGUUCAGAAUGAUACUACUUUGCUUACCUAA